AUGGAAAAUUAUGACAAGGCGGAAGCUUUAAGAAAUCUGGGCGAAGAAAAUUUCAGGAUAAAGAACUUCUCUAUAGCUAUAGAAAAAUAUUCAGAGAGCUUUAGUUUGAAUCCUACAAUUAUUGCAAAAUAUCGAUUAGCAGGUUGCUAUUGUGCACUGAAUCAGAAUCAAGCCGCCCUGCAGUGCGCAAAAGAUGCUUUAGGAAUGAUAGGUACAGUAAAAAUUGAAAAGCUGAAAAACGAGUUUCUGAAGAAAAUAAUGAAAACGACUGUUGAAAUAUGUGAAAAGCUGGGGGAGCUUGAUGAUGCAUGUCGAAUCUUAUCUGAUAUAAUUCAAACUUGCGAAGAUAGUGAAGUUCUAAUAAUAGCUGAAAACAUGUUAAAUCAGCUAAAAACAGAAACAACGGGAACAUCUGAGUACAGAAACUUUAAUGCUGCCUUAAAAUCUUCAAAAGACACUGCAGGAGGCAUAUUCUACGUUAUUUCUCAGUCAUGAUUCACAAAAUGAAAACUCUAUAACUUAGGAGAAGGCUCUGAAGAGCCAGGGCCAAUUUCAAAUCUCGACAUAAUUGCUAUCCAUGAUGAAUCAAAAUAUUAUUAUGACCCUGCAAAUGAUAUGAAAUAUAGCAAUAUAAAUAUAACGCCUACUGCAUCUGAAGAAAAAGACUAUAUUAUUGUCCAAAAGUCUGCCUAUGAUAUCAUUGAUAAAAAUUGGUCGCACGAUAAUACAGAAAUAAAAAGAUUUGCUAUUGCGCUAACUGAUGAAGGCAACCUCACACAAAUAGAAGUCAGGCUAAAGCCUGUCAAAGUUGCAGUGAUACCUAAUUUUAUUUCUGGUAUUUUGCAAAUUAAAACUGUUAAUAUUAGCAGAAAGGCAACAGCAAACGAGCUAAAAUGGAAGCUGCAAAGAAUAUUUAAAGAAGAAUGCAAGGCAAAGGGUAUUAAUAACGAUACUUGCAAGCUUUGAAAAGUCCAGCAUGAGUCCUCUCUCCAGAAAAUCCAACAAAAUGCUAGCGAAAUUUAUAUUAAAGGUGCUGAAAGUUUGAAAGAUGAUGAGGAGUUAGAAAACGCAGAAAUAGCAGAUGAAGAUAUCGUUAUUUUAGAGUUCCAAAAACCUGAUGGUACAUGGACUAUUUCUAGUGAAUUAGGAGAAAUUUGUGUCCAAUGCAAAAAGGUUGGAAAAAUGCUUCAGUGCUCAAACUGCAGGAGUGUGAAAUAUUGCAGCGUGGAAUGCCAAAGAACUCAUUUUAAAAUUCAUAAAGAUCAUUGCAAAAAAAUAAAAAGCAACCAAACUAUAAAAUCAAAUGCUAGACAUGGCUUAACUGGGCUCCAGAACUUAGGAAACACUUGCUUCAUGAACUCAGCCUUGCAGUGCGUAUCUCAUACUAUUCCACUAACAGAAUAUAUAUUAUCCAACCGCUAUUUGCAAGACAUUAACCCUAAUAAUCCAUUAGGAACUAAAGGUGCUGUGCUUGCAUAUGCAUAUGCAGAUCUGUUGAAAGAGUUAUGAUUAGAGAGCUCAUCAAGUGUUUCUCCAUGAAAUUUUAUUCUUUAUUAAUUGAAUUAAUUUACUAUUUAUUAGAUAAUUUUGCAGUAACUUAUAUAAAUUAAGGAUCUAAUCUAGCAAGUGUCCUAAAUUAAAUAAGUAAAAUAGCACAAAAAAAACUAUUGCAAAAGUAGCUUCACAAUUUUCUGGCUACCAUCAGCAUGAUUCUCAUGAGCUUCUUAACUAUUUACUUAAUGGUUUGCAUGAAGAUUUAAAUCGAGUUAGGGUCAAACCUUAUAUAGAGCAGCCCACAGGAGGAGACCGUCCUGAUGAAAUCGUAGCAGCAGAGUCUUGAAACUGGUUUUUACAGAGAAAUCAAAGCAUUAUUGGAGACACAAUGUUCGGCCAAUGUAAGUCAAAACUAAUUUGUCCAGACUGUGGAAAAAUUUCAAUCACUUUUGACCCAUUUAUGACUUUUUCUGUGGCAAUUCCGAACUACGAACUAAAAAAAGUAAAAGUCUUGUUCGUCUAUUUAGAUCCAUCGAAAGCUCCUAUCAAAAUCAGCAUUUUAUUGAACAUGGGCAGUAAAGUCUCUAAAAUCAAAGAAAUCCUUAAAGGUCAUUUUGCCUCUCCCAAUGUAGUCAUUGCAGUCUACUCAAAUAACUACCUCAAAGGUAUCGCCCCUGAUUCUUUUGAAGUCACUGAUAUAGGCGACCGCACUUUAAUAGCCUUUGAAUCUCCAGAACUUGACGAUUCUACCUAUACUCUUCCUCUGAUAAUCACCAAAGCAGCUGAGAAAAAAUUUUAUCUUUCCCAAAACAAAGUAGUUCUCACCUUUAUGAGGCUCAUUUUCUUGCAAACUUCUAUGACUUUGACAGAAAUCCAUAUUUAUAUCGCAAAUAUGUUUAAGAAUAUUAUAGAAAAUAGUACGGGAAGACUUUUUGAAGAUGAUGAGGAAGGAAUUAGGGAUCUAUAUGCACAACAUCCGCCAUAUGAUUUGCGGAUAUAUAAUCAGUCUAAAAAAACAAGUGGGUUCUUGUCAAGCAGCAAGCUCCCAUGCGACUUUUGUGGAAGAAACAACUGUGAGAACUGUAAUUUACCGCUUUCCAGUAAAAAAACACUAAAAGAGAUGCUUGAUAACAGACCAAAUUCCGAAGGACCAUUUGUGCUGGAGCUAGUUUGGAAUUCAAAGGCAAAAGGACUAUCUAAGCUUGAUAAAUAUGAAGAAGACAGCACUACUUUGCAAGACAGCAGCGUCAAGAAAGUAACCUCAAUUUCUCUUUUAGAUUGUUUAGAGCAUUCUUGCAAGCCUGAAAAACUCGAUGAAGACAAUAAAUGAUACUGCGGAACCUGCAAAACACAUGUGCAAGCGACUAAAAGCUAUCAAUUAUACAGAGCCCCUCCAAUUCUAAUUUUACAUCUGAUACGGUUUAAGUCCAGGUCUUAUUGGACUGAUAAGCUGAACACUUUUAUUGAUUUUCCGAUAGAAGGUCUUGAUCUUUCGUCAUAUAUUUUGGGGAAUAAAGAAAACUCUGUAUAUGACUUGUAUGCAGUUUCAAAUCAUUACGGAUCACUUGGUGGCGGCCAUUAUACAGCCUUUGUGAAAAACCCUAGAUGUGAGUCUUGGGUUGAAAUGGAUGACAGCCACGUAACUGCUGUGAAACCUGAAAAAGUGGCAUCACAAGCAGCAUAUAUCUUAUUUUACAAGCGUAGGGAUUAA